AAUUAAAUCAAGUAAGCCAUGUCCAUUGUGGGAACUGCCGGACAACACUCAUGUAUCCUUACGGAGCUCCCUCAGUCAAAUGUGCAAUUUGUCACUUUAUUACUAAUGUCACUAUGACCAAUGAAAGGCUUCGCAUUCCUGUAUUGAGAUCAAAUGGAACAGUACCUUCUAAUUCAUCGUCAAUGCCUCUUUCUCAUACCCAAACUAUCAUAGUACAAAAUCCAAUGACUGUUGAUUCCACUGGCAAAUUGGUGAACAGUGUUGUUGUGGGCAUUACAACAGAUAAGAAAAGAUACUUAUCAGAUUAAACCGUUACAUAAAAGUACAAAGGGAAAACAUUAUUUGACUCACCAUCAGCUGCUGGUUCCUGAAGAUUUGUUCUUGUAUGUGAAAUUGCAGCAAUUAAUAGAAGUUAAUAUGUUUAUACAAUACGAGUUUUGGAUGAUUAAAUUUGUCUUUUAUGUGAUUGCCAAGGUCCACCUUUUGCUGCAGUUGUAUCAUAAGGUCUUUCAUAUCUCGAAUUAUAAGUCCUAGAUGAAUAUUUGAUGGUUCCUCAUCUUUUGUGACUUGAUAAGAAAACUCAGUUAUAUGUUGUUAAUAAU